AUGUCGGCCGCCCUCCGUGCUGCCCGCACCCUGCGGCCAGCCAUGGCCGCUUCGGCCACGCGCGCCUUCACCACCGCCGGCGCCGUCCGCCUGGCAUCGGUCAAGCCCUUCCACAAGGACGAGCCCGCCGCCCCCGUGCUCAAGACGUCGUCGUUCCCUGGCCCCGAGGCCACCCGCCACGCCAAGGAGCUCAACGAGGUCUUCGAGACGCGGAGCUUGAACAUGGUUGCCGACUACACCAAGAGCGCCGGCAACUACAUUGCCGACCCGGAUGGCAACAUGCUGCUUGACGUCUAUGCCCAGAUUGCCUCCAUCCCUGUUGGCUACAACAACCCGGAGCUGCGCAAGGUCGCCGAGACGCCUGAGAUGGUUGACGCCAUCAUCAACCGCCCUGCCCUCGGCAACUUCCCCUCCCACACCUGGGCCUCCCUCCUGAAGACGGGCAUCCUCAAGUACGCCCCCAAGGGCCUCGACAACGUCUACACCGCCAUGGCCGGUUCCGACGCCAACGAGAUUGCCUACAAGGCCGCCUUCAUGUACCGCCGCCAGAUGGAGCGCGGCGGCCCCGAGGUCGACUUCACCCCCGAGGAGAUCGAGUCCGCCAUGCGCAACGAGGCCCCCGGCUCCCCCAAGCUCUCCAUCCUCUCCUUCAAGGGCGGCUUCCACGGCCGUCUGUUCGGCUCCCUCUCCACCACCCGCUCCAAGCCCAUCCACAAGCUCGACAUUCCCGCCUUCGACUGGCCUCAGGCUACCUUCCCCCAGCUCAAGUACCCUCUCGACCAGCACGCCGAGGAGAACGCCAAGGCCGAGCAGGCCAGCAUUGACGAGGUCGAGCACCUCAUCAAGACGUGGCGCGUCCCCCCCGCCGCCGUCAUCGUCGAGCCCGUUCAGAGCGAGGGCGGUGAUAACCACGCCAGCCCCUCCUUCUUCCAGAAGCUCCGCGCCGUUACCCGCAAGCACAACAUCCUCCUCAUCGCCGACGAGGUCCAGACCGGUCUCGGUGCCACGGGCAAGUUCUGGGCGCACGAGCACUGGAACCUCCAGGACCCCCCGGACAUGGUCACCUUCUCCAAGAAGGCCCAGACCGCCGGCUACUACUUCCGCAACCUCGACAUGCGCCCCAACAAGCCCUACCGCCAGUUCAACACCUGGAUGGGUGACCCCGCCAAGGCCCUGCUCUUCCGCGGCAUCUGCAGCGAGAUUGAGCGCCUCGACCUCGUCAACAACACCGCCAAGGUCGGCGACUACCUCUUCGGCAAGCUCGAGGGCCUGGCCCAGAGGUACCCCGAGCACUUCCAGAACCUGCGCGGCAAGGGCCAGGGCACCUUCAUCGCCUUCGACCACCCCAAGCGCGACGAGUUCCUCGUCAAGGCCAAGUCGUUCGGCAUCAACAUCGGUGGCAGCGGCGCCAGCGCAGUCCGCCUCCGCCCCAUGCUCAUCUUCCAGCAGCACCACGCCGACAUCCUGCUCGAGGCUCUGGAGAAGAUUGUCAAGGCCCUGUAA